AUGUCUACAGACUUAACACCACAGUAUACCGAAGAUUUCUUUGCCAAUGCUCAAUCAGCCAUGGAUGAUUGGCACUACGAGAUGAGACGAGAGAUACAAGAGAUUGUUCCUGGCCUCUAUUUGGGCCCAUUUUCAGCUUGUCGCCAAAUUGAAGAGUUAAGAAACAAUGGCAUUACACACAUUGUCUGCUUUGUCGACCAGAAUGAGGCAAGGCUAUUCCGAACGGACGCAUUGUCACAAUACUUUGGAUUUCAAAAGUUUAUCGUGAGUGAUUCCAAUCUCCAAAACCUCAUACAGUUCUUCCCAGACACAUCUCGCUACAUCCACAAUGUGAUUUCACAGCAAGGAAAAGUGGUUGUUUGCUGCAAUGGUGGCAUGUCACGUAGUCCGACUUUUGCCAUUGCGUACAUUAUGGAAAGAUACAAUAUCGAUGCUUCACAAGCUUAUCAUUUCGUGCAAGCAAAGCGACUGUGUAUCAACCCAAACGAUGGAUUUAAAAGCCAACUCAAAGAAUAUGAGCCUAUAUACAAAGCUCGUCAAACUCAAUCUGUGAAUGAGGAAGACGACGGAUUGAAGAGAAGACGGCGACGAUCAGGACCCGAUGAUGAUGAAAAUGGCAAUGCAAGCGGUGAACAACAGAGCUAUGGGGAAUCAAAGAGAUUCUUCGGUUUAGAGGAGCAACAACAGAAUGGUGUCAAUGCUAAUUUAAAUGCAGGGUAUUCAUCGACCCUAUUGUAA